AUCCACAUGGUCCUAGCGUAUGUAAUGCUUUCUACAUUGUAAAAGGGAUAUUGAUUUAUGAGUUUUAUCAGUGGAUAGAUACUAUAAGAUCAUUUCCCCACUUCCACUCUCUCUUCCUCCUCAAUGUCACCCUCGUUGGUAAAGAUCACGCUUGUGCUGCUAUUUAUGUCAAUUAUUAUUCCUCAAAAAUCAGUUGGGGAAUACGAGCAAUGGUGCAUAGCAGAUGAACAAACCCCAGAUGAAGAGUUGAAGGUAGCCCUGGAUUGGGCAUGUGGGGAAGGUGGUGCAGAUUGCAGUAAGAUUCAGGUAAACCAGGCUUGUUAUUUUCCAAACACUAUGACAAACCAUGUUUCCUAUGCCUUCAAUGAUUACUUCCAAAGGUUCAAGCACAAAGGAGGAUCUUGCAACUUCAAAGGAGCUGCCAUGAUUACAGAACUAGAUCCAAGUUAUAAAUCUUGCAAAUACGAGUUUAUUCCCUGAUUCAGAGGCAAACCAAUUCAUGUCAUUUCUAUUUUGCCAACUUGUCCUUUUUAGGAAAUAUAAACAUUCUCAUUUGCUGCGUUAGUUAAAUGUAAGAAUUUUACUUUAUUUUCCUCUUAACAAUUACUUUUGGAUUACACAAGAA